UCCCUCCCUGGCAUGGCAGCAUCUCCCGAUGGGGCUGAGAGAGAUUCCUGCCUGCCGCCUUGGAGAAGCCGCUGCCCCAGUCUGUGCAGACAAUACUGAGCGGGGAUGGACCAAGGGUCUGACUCGGGAGGGGAGGAGACGAGGCGUGAUUCCUGCUGCGGGAGGAGCAGAAGCAAAGGUGAUUGCCGCCCCCCAGAAGAAGGGGGGACUGAUGAGAUUCGGGGCGCUGAGCCCCACAGACACCCAUCCCGCUAUGAAGCCCCCGCGGCUGGCACGAAAGCGGAGAGUUGCCUGGCGAGUGUGCGCCGGGCGCCAGCCGGCUUUGCUCCCGCAAGCCCCGCCGCGGACCUCCUCGCGGGAUCGCCCGCCGCCGCCGCCGCCGCCGGGCUCUCGCUCCUGGCAAGGGCCUCCUUGGGUGUGCGCGGCGGCGGCAGAAGAAGAGUCCGAAAGGCCCGCGGAGGAGGAGCAAAAGGCCAUCCCGCCGCCACGGACGAGCUGCUGGCUGCUGCUGCUGCUCUCCCGGGUCACCUUUCCGCUCGUCUCCUCUCGUUUUGCUUUGCAGCCAGCAAGAGAUGGCUGCCGUGCCUCCAAGUUCCGACUGUGAAGCAUUCAAAGGCAUUCUGAUGGCUGCUUCUUGAAGGAGACAAGCUGGCUGGCUGAAGAUUGGUCUGAUCCAGCCAGACAAUUGUACUUAAUUCUUGCCACGGUUAUUAAUACUGUAGCACAGGGCUGCUCAACUUCGGCCCUCCUGCAGAUGUUCGCCUACAAUGCCCAUAAUCCCUGGUGAGUGGCCGCUGUGGCUGGGGUUUUUGUGGAAGAGCAAAGCAGAUACUCUUCCAACGAGUGAUGGCCUUGCUAUGUAAAGUACUUUGAGAACUUUUUUGUGUGGUGGAAAAGUGGUGCAUAAAUAUUGUUGAGAAUAGCAGCCACCCACAUGAUGCACAGAGUCAUGCUUCCAUCAUGCUGUGAAGUCAGAAUGCAGCCCAGUGCUGGUCAGAGUGGGCGGUAGUGCUAGCAGGACCUCUCCGUUCCCCGCCAUUCAUCACAAUGGGGAGAACUGUGGAAGCACGGCCAGCACUACUUUUCUGACCAGGGUUGAGGGCUACGUUCUGACUUGGUGGCUGCCCCAGGGUACAGCAUCAUGGAGAAGUAACAAUGAGGAACCUGUGUUAGAACCAGUUUUUGGAGCCACAUUCUGACUCUGCAGCUGUCCCAGGGUGCAGCAUUUGGGAGACGUAACACUGUGCAUCAUGGAAAUGUAGCACUGAACAACUAGGGUUAGAACCUGUUAACCAGGGUUAGGGUCCAUGCUAGAAACAUGGAAAGCACUGAGCAACCAGGGUUAGAACCUGUUAACCAGCAUUAGAAACUGUGAACCAGUGUUAGGACAGGUGUUAGAAUCAGUGUUGGGGCUGUGUUCUAGCUCUGCAGCAGUCCCAGGGCACAGCAUCAUGGAGAUGAAGAAGAAGAAGAUUUAUAUUCCACUUUUUGACCAAAGUUCCCAAAGCGGUUUACAAAGAGAAAUAAAAAUAAAUAAAGAUGGCUCCCCAUCCCCAAAGGGCUCACAGUAAAAAAAAAAAGAAAAGAACCUUAAGACAGACACCAGCCACAGCCACAGGAGGGGUUCUGUGCUGGGGAUGGAUAGGGCCAGUUGCUCUCCCCCUGCUCAAUAAAGAGAAUCGCCACUUUAGAAAGGUGCCUCUUUGCUCAGUGAGCAGGGGAAACAUAACAUUGUGGGCCAAUGUAGAUACAAUCCCCACCCUCCACAACAAGAAUAAAAAGACAAACCAGUGUAUUUGUUUAUUUAUAUCUAUGUAAACCAUGAUGGGAACAUUUCAUUGAAAAGUGGUACAUAAAUAUUAAUCGCAUCCAAUGUGUAGUUCCAUGAGCGUGUGGGUGGGUUCACACAGCCACCAGUAAGAUUUGCAAAGAAGGUAUAGGGGGGAUCGGGGGUUGCAGAGAGCACACGCUCCCAUCAGGCACGAUGUCUGAAUCCACCCACGUCCAGUUCCCAGCCCCAGUUAUCCACCUUUGCCUUAGAUUUCACCAACUUUGUCAAGUCAGCUUCAGAACCGGUGCGGUGUAGUGGUUAGAGUGUUGAACUAGGACCAGAA